GAUAAGAGACGAUGAAAGUUACGAGUCUUUGCUGAACAUGGCGAGGAUGAGGUAUGUGGUUGGACAAGGGACUCCGAUCGUGCUUUCUUACCAGUUUCCGUCAUGGAUUCUCGGUCCAAUUGGGAGGCGGUCUGCGCCGAUUAGCAUCACAACAACCGCUGACAUACCAGUCAUGCUAAGUAUAAGGGAGUGGUUCACCGAGCUCGUGCUUGUCGUGACCAUAGGGGCUGAAAGCGUCGCUAGAAUCCACUACAACUGGAGAGACAACUUCAUCGUCGGCCGAAAGCGGUAUGUUGUUGACGGAAGUCAAGACGAGUAUGAAAGAAGGGAGUUUCAAAGGCUCGUUGUUGGUAGAAGGAUGACAUGCAGCAGAUCCAUCUUGGAGGAUAUUUUUAACGACCAUGAGAUGAUGGUUCUGCAUAGGGUUGAUCUUGAGAUGGACCUAGCCGACAGACUUCAAAAACAAGCUGACCGCCGCUACGAAGCUAUUGCACGUGAAGUGAUAUUGGUGGAAGACGACGAUGAAAACAUGGCUGAUGCGCAGAUAUGUCUGGUUUAUAUUUUGUUAGUUCAAAUCUGUGAUGAUUUUGUAUAUGUUAGCCGGUUAAUUUCUAUAUAACCGGUUAAAAUUUUAAAUGAUUGUGCAUGUUUCUAAUUAUUCGGUUAAUUGUGUUUUUGGGUUACAAAGGUGGGGGCGAUGAUCAUGCGGCCAUCACGGAUCCUACGCAGUUGCCCCUGACGCAGCCGAGCACUGACCCAGCUGAGCCACAAGCAGAUACGGAUAAAGUUCUCUUGAAAA